AGAAUCGGCGAGCGAGCCAGCCGACAGCACCACCACGGGCAGACAGCGACACGGGAAGCUCGCCGCUUCGCCAUGGCCACGGGUGUCGUCGGAGCGGUUCUCUUCCUCGUUCUAAGUCAUCUCCACGGUAUCUCAAGCAAGGACGUCACCCUGCACGGCUUUGUGGGUCACGGCAUCACGCUGCCCUGCGACUCAUCCGACACGGGCACGCAAAUCACGUGGACUAAAGACAAAAGUACAGAGAGCAUCAUCUCGAGAUGGGGCACAUUGAUCGAUAACAAAGAUACGAAUUUGGAGUUUGUGAGCAGCACCUUCGGAGGGAUGCUAAACUCCCUCCGGCUGAAGAACGUGACGAUGAACAAUAGUGGAACUUACGAAUGCAAGCUCACCACCAACAUGGGGUCAAGAAUAACAAUCGUCAAACUGGUUGUGCACGAAUCCCCCGAGAUCAUUCUACCCAAAGUCCUCUUGGACGGCUCCGAUGAAGCGUCCGUCGCCUGCCAGACACCGAAGGACGUCCGCUUAGCAGGCAUGUCGUGGAAGCUGUCCAACGGAACAAUGAGGCAGCAGAUAAACUACCGGAACAACACUUCGACGGCCUUUCUCAAGCCGACGCCAGAGAUGCACGGGCAGACCUUGACGUGCUUCGUCGAAUUCUCCGGCGGCGUGGGGAAAGUGGAGCAGUCGGUCGUGCUCGACGUCAAGUACCUGACUUUGACGAUCGUGGACGGUGGCGGCCCCCAUCGCAAAGGUCAACAGAGUGUCAAUCUCACUUGCAAAGCCAAGGGCAACCCCAUGGCCACGAGCUACUCCUGGACAACGCCGAAUUCCUCGAGGCUCUGGGAGACCACGAAGAACGGGAUGACUAUCGUGUUCGAAGACGCCAUCUCGAGCAACGAGACAGGCCACUACCGCUGCAGCGCCACCAACGGAUUCGUGAGCGCCUCGUCGCCGCUCUACCACCUCGUGCUCGAGCCCGACGUCGAUGAAGGGUCCUGGGAUGAACUCAUCAUCUACCUGGGCUGCCUGGCGGGCGGCGCGCUGAUGUUGCUGAUCGUGGUGGUGGUGUUCGUGUGUCGGCACAAGCGGCCCACCAACCCGUACCUGGACGAAAGAGACAGCACCCCGAUCCACAAGCCCGCACCACCCCGGAGACUGCCCAACGCUGGCGAUGAUGGGAACCUCGAGGUGGGGGUGGUCUAUUCCGGCCCGUUGCCCCAACCUCAUCCGCAUGGAAGAUCGCCGAGGCCGCAGCUGAGAAAUCCGCUCGCCUUCUCGUACCUGGAGGCUCACAACGGAGAUGCCGACAACAUCUCUUCGACGAAGACAGAUCCAGAGGAUUAUGAUGAUGUCGAGGUGCGAUGAAGUGGGCCGACCGACGAGUUUUGGGACGGGCGAAUUCUCCGCUUGUUGAUUUUUUCAUUUUUUUAAGGGACACACGUUUUUUUUGGAGGUUUUUUUUCGAAUCGUUUGCACUCCGUGAGGUCACGGGCGUGACGUCACUUCCUGCGACGGCAAGGUUUUCCGAAUGCCACUUUAGAGUAUGAAAAAUAAGAAAAGGUUUUACCGCUUCAGCCAAUUAAAAACAGGAGUUGUGUUAAGAUGUUCAAACACCAAAUAGGAACCUUUUGCAAGGAAUCCAGUUACCGCAUUAACCACACAUGGCACUUGUAAAUAUGCAAACAAAAAUGUUCUGAUAAUACAUGAUGCAUUGUCUUUGAAACUGAUUGGCCUACACCAGAGACAGCUUUCUUUAUGGCCGAGUCUCACCACCAGUGUCAGACCAGAGAAUGCCAAAAGACGAACAGUAAAAAGACAAUGCAAAUAUUAUUAUACUGGUAGGAACCUCCUGGUUACACCAGCCCACAGGGGAUGAUUGUGUCUGU